AUGGUGAACAUAGUAUUAUGUGUGAUUUUGAGUAACUUUUGGCGUUUUUGUGCGUCCGCAUUGCUCUAUAAUUUUGCAGCUUUUCUAUUUUGGAUAGUUGUGCCACUGAUAGCGACCAAACAAGGUGCUUCCAAUUUAGACUUGGCUGUUAUCAAUGCAAUUGAUUAUGGUUGUAUGUUUAUGCUCAGUUGGGCUUGUGGUUUUAUCAAUAAUACGUUGCCGGGAUGGUUAUUAGUUCGAAUUUCGAGUGUCAUUUAUAUUGCUGCAUGUAUUCUUCUUAUGUUCAUUAACGACAAUUUGUGGAUAUUAUGGAUUAUGUCCAUUAUGUAUGCAAUUUCUUAUGUUUUCUUUAUGAUCCCAAUUGAAACUUCUAUCUCUCGAGAAAGUGAUCCAUCCAAUGCAGACUUCUGGCUUGGCAUAUUUUGUGGAACACUCUUUUUCGGACAAGCACUUGGAUAUAUUUGUGGUGCAUUUCUUUUCAAUCAGCUGGGGGUGACUGAAGUUCUUAUAAUAUGUAUCGUUUCAUUAGCAUUACUCUUUUUAAUAUACCCCUGUUGGGAAGGCACCAAAUUUAAAGGAAUUGAUUUCUCCAUAAAGACGGGAAAAGACGCUCAAGUUAAAGAGAAGGAGAUGGAUGUCGUUCUAUCCAAAGACAAAUUAUUAACCAAAAGUAAUUCAAAAAGUUCCUCUGAAGAAAAAGAGCCUGAAAACAUGAAAAACGAUGAGAAAACAAUAAAACAAACAGACAAUGGAAUUAUUGUGAUGGGGAAAAUCGAACGUCGGCGGUUAAAAAAGCGGUUUAUGCAGUACUUAAUUCCCGCCUUUUUGUGUUCCAUGUGUUGUUAUGGUAACCUUCUCAGUUAUGGGUCACAGUAUUUCAAUCGAGUCUUUGGUACUGAUGCUUACUUCCCCAUAAUGGAAAAUGACACAGGAAAAUACGACAAGUUUAUUGGCGUUUUCUUUUGUGCAGUUUACAUUUCUUUUGCAAUUUCAGUCGUGUCAUUUUCGAAGAUGAAAUAUUUAUUUUUCAAUCGGUGGACUAUGCUCUUUUUUAUGACAACCGCACUUAUCAACCAUUUUAUUAUUGGGGCGGUCUCAAAUUGGAUUGUACAACUGAUAGGAGGUAUAAUGGAAGGAAUUUGUGCUGCUUUUUCUGCCCAAAAUGUGUUAGUAACAACAUCAAAAUUGUCGCUCUUGACGUCGCGAAUAUCUUCGAUAUAUGUUGGUGUACAAGAGUCCUGA